AUGUUUGGAGGCACUGUGUCAGAGCCAAGAUACAAACCAAAACUUGUUGACCAUCACCUUGGUGGAGGCAUAAGUGCCGAAUGGAUCACCUUCAAAAGCAACGUCGAAGCAGUCGGGCUCGAAGGGCUAUAUGGCUGUACCUCCAUCAUUCUGGUUUCUCGCCGUGGCGCGUGGGUGAGCCACAUCUGGCAAACUGUUUUUGAGAAUCUUCAUCCUGAAAUCGACCAGUGGGAGACGCUGAUUCAGAACGAGAUGCCUUAUGGACUUCCUCGCAGCGACCCAUAUUACGAGAAGUACGAAUAUGGCCUCAAGGACAUGAAAGAUAAGCCAGAGUUUGGCGAAGCGGGAGUUAUGUUCGAUGACGAUUCUGUUGUCGAUCAAACACCUGCAAGCUUGAACAUGCGAGCUUUCAUUGUCACACCACGAAAAUUGCAGAGUCUUAGCCCAUAUAGGGACGCAAACAACCAGGCCAUUCCACACGAGAUUCUGAAUGACAUCAAUUACCAGCAGGGUACAGUCAGAUAUCCAGACAAGAUUGUUAGAUUGAAGAGAGUUUUGGCAGAUGAAUUCGGUAACAUACCCAUGGAGGUGGUGGACUACAACCCAGUUGUCCCAAAACUGGAACAUAUGGGGACGUGGGUGAGCGAGAGGAUGGUGACCGACGACUACGGAAACGUGUUUGAACUUGAAGAUUACAUUAAAUAUCAGCAGAUGGCAACCGUCAGGGUAAAGAUUCUUCUCCAAUACCAGCCCGCAAUGACUUGCGGAGACAUGGCCGAGUGGCGGUUGUGGAUUGAGGGACAACCAGUCGGCAGCCGAACGGACAGAUGGGCGCCAACGCAGAACCAGGUGUUCUCAUCGCCUGGGAACAACCAGGAGCUUACGCGAAGGCAGGGGCAGGUCUACUACACAAGCAAAUCCAAACCCUUCCUUAUCCAGCAGCCAUACGAUGUCCUCAUUGCAGACCAUCGAAUCAGUCACCGUCACGCUUUCGUCAACAUCUGCUUCGGAAAGAUCCAUCUCUUCCAGAAGCGGUUCAUCUCUCUCUGCAAUCUAUACGAACACCACAUCUCUGCAGGCAUCAACGAUUAUCUCCACCACGGCGUCUAG